GCUGUUUUAUGUUAAUCUGCAUGUUAAAAUGAGCAGAUAGGGAAUUGCUAAAUUCACCAACCUGUUAUCUCCCACGUCUAGUCCUUUUAAGUAUAUGUGUUGCUUAAAUAAAGAUGUAGCUAUGCAGAGUGGAUAUGUCCAAAUGUAUAGUUUUUUUAUGCCUGUGUAUAUAUAGCAUUUAAAAUUUUUCUUUCCAUCAGCAAGAGCCAUUGGAGAAUACUUGGAAAUUAUAGAAAAGCAGAAAGAAGAAAGCCAGAGAGAACUAGCAUUAACACUCUGAAUUUAUGUCUAGUCAUUUUAAUCUACAUGUUAUAUCUCUUUAAAUGGGCAUAAUUUCAUUGUAACUGUCUAGAACUUUCUGCUACUGAAAAGUGUGGUCCAUAGAUCAGCAGCAUCGACAUCUCUUGGGAGCUCGUUAGAAAUGCAGAAUCUUGAACUCUACCCCAGCCAUACUGAAUCAUAAUUUGUAUUGAAUGAUAUUACAUAUACAUUCAUGUUUGGAAGCACUGUUGCAGAACACGGUGUAUCCAGGGCCGCAGAUGAGGUAGAUAAGACCUAAAGGCCAAGACCUGCACUCUCCCUUCUUCUCCAUUUCCCCUCUAUCAUUCCUUCCUAAAAUAAUUUUCCUCAGCAUGUGAUAAAGAUAAAAAUGAGGUGAAAUUUUUUUUGGCAAGGCAUAGCAACCCUGUUGAGAAACUCAACUGUCUCACGUGUAAACCUUUCAUUGAGUGAACAUUCAUUAAGUACCUACUGUGUUCCAGCACACAUGUGGCAGUCACGGACCCUGCAGUUAAGGCUUGAAUAUGCUGCAGUGGAUGCACAGAGGGCGAGGAGGAGGGAGUGGUUGGUUCUGGAGGGAUGGGAGCUGGAAGUCAGAAAGAAAAAUGGUCUCUGAGUUGAGUCUUUAAAUAUAAAUCAAUGAACAUGAAUUAUAAGUAUUGCUAGGCUCUGGAGAGAGCACAGAGUUGGAUAAAAUGAAUCCCUUCCUUAAGGAUCAUAUGCUUCAUUUAAGGACAGGGGACAGUGUUUUAAACUAUAACUAACAAUAUGAAGCACCUAGGUUUUAGGGUAGAACCAGAAGACCAGAGUCUGAAUAUCAGCUUUACAGCGCUGUGACCUUGGACAAAUUAUUUCACAUAUAUUUGGGCUGCCUGACCUCACUGAGUGAUUGCUAUUAAUUAACAGACUUUGCGGGAAGAGGGGAGCUUGCCUUCUGAGCUUUGUACCAAAGACCUGGGAAAACCAACCAUCUCAGUCUUUCCUGAGUACUUGGAAACUGCGAGGCCCCUGCUAAUGUGCUGACUGGUCGCUAUGGGCAGACAGUACCCGGAGGCUCACUGUCAUCCAGGCGGCUCAUAUUUCAGAUUAUAACCGAUUUCCUGCGCCAGCUUGGACGUCCAGUGAUCCAUGUCAGAAGUACUUCCAGCUGACUCAGGUGUAGACACUUUGGCAGUGUUUAUGGCCAGCAGCGGAACCACAGACGUUGCGAAUCGGAACAGCCCAGCCACACCGCCAAAUACCCUUAAUCUCCGUUCCUCCCACAAUGAACUGUUGAACGCUGAAAUAAAACACACAGAAACCAAGAACAGCACACCCCCCAAAUGCAGGAAAAAAUAUGCACUAACUGACAUCCAGACAGCCAUGGGCCUCUCAGAUCCAGCUGCACAGCCCCUGCUGGGAAAUGGCUCUGCCAACAUCAAGCUGGUGAAAAAUGGGGAGAACCAGCUCCGGAAGGCUGCAGAACAAGGGCAACAGGACCCCAACAAAAAUGUCAGCCCCACUGCAGUCAUCAACAUAACUUCUGAGAAGUUAGAGGGUAAAGAGCCCCACCCACAGGAUUCCUCGGGCUGUGAAAUCUUACCCUCCCAACCCAGGAGAACCAAGAGCUUCCUAAAUUACUAUGCAGACCUGGAAACCUCAACCAGAGAACUCGAGCAGAACUUGGGCAACCAGCAUAGGGUUGUGGAAGAGAAGUCCCAGCCGGCCCAGGAUCAGGCCUCCACCAUCGUUGGGAAUGGCGAUUUGCUGCUGCAGAAACCAAACAGACCCCAGUUCAGCCCUGAAGAUGGCCAAAUAGCCACAGUGUCAUCCAGCCCGGAGACCAAGAAGGAUCAUCCUAAAACGGGGGCCAAAACUGAUUGUGCGCUGCACCGGAUCCAGAACCUGGCACCAAGCGAUGAGGAGUCCAGCUGGACAACACUGUCCCAAGAUAGCGCCUCACCCAGCUCCCCGGACGAAACAGCAGAUAUAUGGAAUGAUCACUCAUUUCAGACCGAUCCAGAUUUGCCACCUGGCUGGAAAAGAAUCAACGACAUCGCUGGGACCUAUUAUUGGCACAUACCAACUGGAACGACUCAGUGGGAACGCCCUGUCUCCAUCCCAACAGAUCUUCAGGGUUCUAGGAAAGGGUCAUUUAGUUCUGUAACGCCGUCUCCCACCCCAGAGAACGAGAAACAGCCAUGGAGUGAUUUUGCUGUUCUGAAUGGGGGAAAGAUUAAUAGUGACAUUUGGAAGGAUUUGCAUGCCGCCACAGUUAACCCGGACCCCAGCUUAAAAGAGUUUGAAGGAGCAACACUACGUUACGCAUCUUUGAAACUCAGAAAUGCUCCACAUGCUGAUGAUGACGAUUCUUGUAGUAUCAACAGUGACCCAGAAGCCAAGUGUUUUGCCGUGCGCUCUCUGGGCUGGGUGGAAAUGGCAGAGGAGGACCUUGCCCCUGGUAAAAGUAGUGUGGCAGUCAACAACUGCAUCAGGCAGCUUUCUUACUGCAAAAAUGACAUCCGAGAUACAGUCGGCAUCUGGGGAGAGGGGAAGGACAUGUACCUGAUCCUGGAGAAUGACAUGCUCAGCCUGGUGGACCCCAUGGACCGCACUGUCCUCCACUCGCAGCCCAUCGUGAGCAUCCGCGUGUGGGGCGUGGGCCGAGACAACGGCCGAGAUUUUGCUUAUGUAGCAAGAGACAAAGAUACAAGAAUUUUGAAAUGUCAUGUAUUUCGAUGUGACACACCAGCAAAAGCCAUCGCCACAAGUCUCCACGAAAUCUGUUCCAAGAUUAUGGCCGAACGGAAGAAUGCCAAAGCCCUGGCUUGCAGUUCCUUACAGGAAAGAACCAACGUGAAUCUCGACGUGCCCUUGCAAGUAGAUUUUCCAACACCAAAGACUGAGCUGGUCCAGAAGUUCCAUGUGCAGUACCUGGGCAUGUUACCUGUAGACAAACCAGUCGGAAUGGAUACCCUGAACAGUGCCAUAGAAAGUCUCAUGACCUCAUCCAACAAGGAGGACUGGCCAUCAGUGAAUAUGAAUGUGGCCGAUGCUACUGUGACUGUCAUCAGUGAAAAGAAUGAAGAGGAAAUCUUAGUGGAGUGUCGUGUGCGAUUCUUGUCCUUCAUGGGUGUUGGGAAGGAUGUCCACACGUUUGCCUUCAUCAUGGACACUGGGAACCAGCACUUUGAGUGCCACGUUUUCUGGUGCGAGCCAAAUGCCGGUAACGUGUCCGAGGCAGUGCAGGCUGCGUGCAUGUUACGAUACCAGAAGUGCUUGGUAGCCAGGCCGCCUUCACAGAAAGUUCGACCACCUCCUCCGCCAGCAGACUCAGUGACCAGAAGAGUCACAACCAAUGUAAAACGAGGGGUCUUAUCCCUCAUUGACACUUUGAAACAGAAACGCCCUGUCACAGAAACGCCCUAGCUGCAUAUGUUAAAGGAGUCUCUAAUAGUUACCUGAAGAUUGAACAGCUACACUAAAGAAGAUGAACUGAUGUCUGGCCUUCCAUUCAGUUGCUGAUGCUUUGUCUUCAGAGAAUUUAUCCUUAACCAAACAGUGUUAGACAAGCAUGUUCUCAUGUCUUGCCACCAUCAUGUGAUAUGAAAAGAAGCAUGACUAAUUUUUUUUGCUGUCAGUAAGUUACAUCAUGAGCAGUGGAAGGUCUUUUUCUUAUUGUAAAUAUCGUGAACAUUGCUUAACUUCACACAUACACACGAAUGUGGCCACAUCCCUCCUAGUGAACUAAUCCUGAGUCCUUGGAGUGAAUGACGUCUGAGUUAGUGUCACUGUCUUCUUGACUGGAUCUGUCACAAGCAACUUUUAAGUCCUACAGCACUUUGCCCUGUUUUCAACAUUGGAGUAGACACUGCUUACCAGAUACCAUUGAAAUGCUGUAAAAAUAGGAUGAUGAGUUUUUGUUUUAGUUUUUCAUAAAAUUGAACCUUUUGGUUGACAACAUUGGCUGUAGGCAUCAGUACAGAAACCAACUGGCAGCUUUCCUUGACGAGCUCUUUGACACAUGGACACCAUUUCAUGUCUACAGCUGUUUGUGGGAUAUUGGGAAAAAGUGAAACUUCAAAAUUGAAAAACAAACUAAAUUUCAGAAAUCAAAAUCGAACAAAAAUAGCCUUUCUUUUCGGAUGGUUUUCAAACUGAUUAUUAAGAAAAAGAAAGAUGAACAAAAUCAUAAUGCAUUUCGGGUGGGACGUAUUUCAAACUACUGCCUUAUACCGUACAGUGCAGCUAGAGAAUUACACUUCACUAUGGCCAUUCUUUACAUAGACAACAUGACAAUGAAAUAUUCCUCAUACCUUUCACCCUCAGUUUGAUAAUUAGCCCGUAUGCAAUUUGGAGUUGAGGAAAUGUCAUGUGUAUUUUAGAUUUCCACCACCAUGUUGUUAGUCCACCUCCUAGGUACAUGUCUGCUAGGAUCCUGCAUCUAGCUCAGUCUUACCCUGAUGCUUUUUGCCCAGAAAGCUGUCUGUCCAUCAUGGAUAGUCCAUGGCAACAAAUUACAUUAAAUUGAACCUUUCUUGAAUUAAUGUAUUUAAUAUUAGAAUUUGUUGGAACUCUACUAGAUAUAUUUUUAAAUUUAUAUUUUUUCCAUUUUAUUUUCAAGAUUUAAAAAUUUCUUAUCAGAGCAAAAUAUACAUAGGAACAAUGGACUAUUUAACAAGGUUCCAAAAAAUAGCACUUUCCUGCUUCUCUCUCUAUAGAUAGGAAACUGAGCUGUAAAGAUUAUACAGGUUUAGGCUCUUGUUGACAUUGUUGUUUUAAAAGGAAUUUGCUAAGGAGAUCAAGCUAAACAUUAGUCUUGUUCCUUUUUAAUUGUCAAAAUUAACAUUUUAUAACAUCCAGCUAUAACAGUAAUGCUUUAUGUUUGUCCACCUUUUUUUUUUGAUGAGGAAGAUUACCUGAGCUAACAUAUGUUGCCAGUCCUCCUCUACUUUAUAUGUGGGAUGCCUGCCACAGCAUGGCUUAAUAAGUGGUGUGUAGGUCCGCGCCCGGGAUCUGAACCUGCAAAUCCCAUGCCGUCGAAGCAGAGCACGCGAACUUAACCACGACGCCACUGGGCCGGCCCCAUGUUUAUCCACUUUUAUGUACUUGUCAAAGUGGUUUCCACAUUCUUAUCACAUUUGAGCCUUAUAAGGUAGAGAAGGUACUAAACACAUUUGAGAAAUGAAAAUAUGAAGUACCAAGUGGCUCAGUCACCUAGCCUACAAUCUCAUGCAAGUUAGUGAGAAAACCAGGAUUAGGACCCACACUUUCCAACUCUAAGUUAUGCUUAUAAAUUAUGCUGCUUCCACACCAGUCAGGAAGAGUCUUUCCAAGAUUACUCCAGGCAUACCCAGAUGUUGUCAGGAAAUCUUAGAAUUCCUUGUAUAAGUAGGGAAAUUCGUCCAAGUUACUCACGCAGUGGUAUUAAUCAUAAAACCAUUGCUCUCUCAGUCCAGGACUGUUUUCCUGCAGUGUGCCUCAAAUGAGUUGUAGAGGAUAGGAUUCUCCAGGCAGUACAGCCUGUUCACCCCAUGAUAUUUUCCAGAGAUGCCUAACUCGUGAUGCUUUGCCCCCAGAGAACAUGAUAGAAUGACUAGGUGGCUUUCUCCCUCUGUCCCCUCUCAGAAUUCUGGAAUUAUUUCUUAGCGCCCUAGUGUUAUGAAAAAAGAUGACACUCUAGAAAUGAAUUAUAUUUCUCACCAGCCUAUAUACUAUUCUCUCUGAAGUAACCAUUACCAUCAGAAGAAAUUAUUGCAUUAAGAAAAUCCUUACUGUGCCCUUUGAAAGCUGUUCACAGUUCAAUCCUGAUGAUCAUUCAUCUUGAUCUCCACAGUGAAGUGUUGCAGUGUGGUAAACUUCAAAAUUCUGAACAAGUAAUCUACUUUUAUAUUGGAACUCUCUACCAGAACCCCCUGUUCAUUUUGUAAGGCAUACAUUUAUUUGUUUUCAGGAUCAAGAAUACUGAGCUAGCUUUAAGUAGCAAACUGAUUUAUAUAUGCAAUUAUAGGAUGCAUUAAGAUGAAUGAUAACCUUUACAUAUUGAAAACUUUACUGCAGAUAUUUUCUUUUGAAAAUAGCUUUGCAUACUAAAUGCAAUUAAUUUUUUAAAAUUAAUUAUGUUAAACAGUAUAUUCAGACACUUUCUGCCAUGGCCAAAAAGUACGUAUGAGAGUACGUGUGUAUUUUUCUGUGAAAGGAUGCCAGUGUUUUACCUGAUAAUGUAGUGAGACUUCAGUUAUCUAUGCAUUCUUUAUAUCUGUGAUGCGGUAAACAGGCAGCCAUGUUCACUAUGCCUUGUAUGUCUUACCUUUUUUUUAAUCUGUUAAAUACAGCUUAAAAUAUUUUUAUUUUAUUUAUUCUAUUUUUACUGAAAUAUACUGCAUUAUUGUGUUAA